AUGGCGUUUAAAUGUUCCAUAAGACAUAAGAUUGCCUCGAAAUGCAUGCAAGUUUUUGAGUCGAUUGUUGCCAAGUUCCUUCUCAUAAUCUCAAUAUGCUCCAUAAUUUACUCCAAUAACUGGCUUUCUGUCUACAUUAACUUCUCAUUCUUGAUCUUAGCUAUAUUCUCUCUGAUAACUUAUGGACAAUGCUACAGAAAGGCCAAUCCACUUCUUGCUAUACCGAUGUUAAUUAAUCAUACUGUUUUCAUCUUCUGGAUCUUCAUAUGGUUGUACGCUAGUAUAGCGUCUAUAACUACUGGCCAUUUAUGGUCGCUUGAAUGGCUAGGCGGACCGAAGAGUAGUAGAGAAGUUGGUAGCCGUGAUGUCCGCGAUCCCAAUUACAUCAACCCUGACGAGACACAUCCGGAAACGAAAAAAUCUAUAACAUAUGGUUCAAUCAUCAUGGGAGUGUCUUUGCUGAUCAUGGUUCUUAAGAUCAUUGGCUGGCGAAUUGCUAAAACAACUUUCAAUGAGUUAAGACAAAAAUCUCUACAAAUGAGUGAUGACGACGAUGGUUUCAAUUCUCCUCCUCCACCAUUUCCUCAUAAUGACUCGGGUGAAUACACAGAUUUCGACAACAGCAGAGACUAUGACCCCUACAACAACAGAAACAACCCCGAUGAUAGUUUAACCAACAACGACAGCGAGUAUGGACAAUCUAACAGAAGGCCACCUGGCAAAUACGGUAAGCUCGUUCAAGAGCUAAACAGACAACAGCAUAUGAAUCAAGGACCGAAAGAAGCGGAACGAGUGAAAUUCAUGGUUCCUCCUCAACAGAAAGGAUUGUCGUCAACAUCCAGUUUUGUUGAAUCACAAUUUUAA